AGCGGGGAGAUGGCGGCGGCCGCUGAGGAAGCGGAGGCGACGGACUGGGCGCUGCCGCCGGAGGUGGAGGUGCUGGAGUCCAUCUACCUGGAGGAGCUGCAGGUGGCGCGGGGCCUGGGCAGGUGGGAGCCCUGGGAGAUCAGCAUCACCCUGCACCCUGCCACGGCCCAGGACCAGGACUCCCAGUACGUCCGCUUCACCCUGGUGCUCUCCGUGCCCCCUCAGUAUCCUGAUAAAGCGCCGGAGAUCUCCAUCAGGAAUCCGCGGGGGCUAUCAGAUGAACAAAUUCAAAAGAUUUCCCAGACCCUCAGAAAUGUUGCUGAAGCCAGGCUGGGGACAGAGGUGCUCUAUGAACUGAUCGAGAAGGGAAAGGAGAUCCUCACUGACAACAAUAUUCCUCAAGGACAGUGUGUAAUCUGCCUCUAUGGAUUCCAGGAGAAAGAAGCCUUCACAAAGACUCAGUGCUACCACUACUUCCACUCCCACUGUCUGGCCCGCUAUGCCCAGCACAUGGAGGAGGAGAUCCUCAUGCAGCAGGAGGAGAGAGAGCAGCACCUUGCACCAUCCCCCAAACAGGAAGUUGGUGUGCAGUGCCCUGUCUGCCGGGAGACCCUGGUCUAUGAUCUCUGUGUUCUGAAGGCAGCGCCGCCCCCGCAGCACCCUCUGGAGCCAUACAGGCCAGACGCCAAGGUGCUGCAGCACCAGGAAGAACUGCGCCUGAUUUUCAAGAGACAGCAAGAGAAAGGGGGGAUCAUCGACCCCGAGGCAGAGAGGAACCGAUAUUUCAUCAGCCUCCAGGCGCCUCCAGCUGCUGUGGAUCCAGGCCAAGCAGCCACUGCCUCUGAGCUGUCGGUGAGUGCCCGCGCUGCAGACGUGCCCCAGCCACCCAGCCAAGCCUCGGCUCCCAAGCCAGCCGGGGCGUCAGAGCCCAGGGUGGAACCCGGGCAGCCUGAGAGGUGUGCUGUGCCCAGAGAGCAACUGAGCAAGAGGGAGAGGCACAGAGGGGAGAGGCCAGGCUCCAGAGGCCGGGGCAGGCAGCUGUGCAGUGGCUCGCAGGAAGCAGGAGAGGAAGCCUGUCAUCCACUCCAUGGCUCCAGGGGGCCCAGGGUCUUCAGCCAGAGAGCAGAGCGUAGACCUGCUGGACGGCACAGCCAGGAGUUUUCAAAGCCUUCCAGUAGAAGCAGGGCUGCUCCCUUGGCUGAAAGAAGGGAGUUGUGCUGUGAAGAUCGCUCACCAGCAACAGAAACUGUGGACUUGAAAGAGGAGCACCAUGACAUGGAGAAAUGGAGCAGAGAGGAGGGGACUGAGGCCCGGGGCAGGAAAAAGGAGAACCUGAUGUUCAACCGCAGUGACCACAAAGCUGCCCCCAACUGGCAGGGCCACCAUAGGCCCUGGGAUUGUGGAAGGUGGGAGAGGUCCAGAGUUCAGGAGCGUGGUUCCUACCCCAGAGCACCAAGAGGGCGAGGGGUGUUCAGGCCCAGCGGACAUCGAGAAGCCCAUCUUGAUAAGGAGAGUGGCUCCUAGCAGGAAUGAUGAGAGGCUGGGCUGGGGGAAAAAAGGGCUGUUUCUGGAGAGAACAAUGAAGCAGUAGCAAGCAGAUACUGUACCCCCUGGAAGGGAGGAGGCAGAUGGCACAUGGGACAGCGUGGGACAGGCAGUGUCGCAUGUGCAGUGUAAAGCAUCCUAGCAUGAGCAGCUGGCUGUUACCAGCAUUGGAGAAGUGGAACCUUGACAGAUCCUAUCAGCCUUGGUCUCAGAGGAUCCAGAAGACAGAGGUAGCUUUGGGGACCUGCAGCUAUUGUCCCUAUAGGUGAAAUGCCAAGAAAUGUGCACACCUACAGAGCAAAGGUCUGAGCCCAGCAUGGUGCCAUGGCAGAGCCAAAGUGUGGCAAGACCUUCCCUGGAAGCCAGUGGAGCUGUGGUGGUGCCAAGUGCCAGGGCAGUAUCUUGGAGCUCAGUUCCACUUGCUCUGUCCCCCAUUCCUUCUCAGAGCACUUUCUCAACUGCUAGGAUUGGCCCGGCAAAUCAUUAUUACACAGGACAUUGCCCAGUCCCAGCCAGGACAUCCAAAUUAAGCUUAAGUCCGCACAUUGGCAGGUCACAGCUGUCUGGUGGCUAAGGCUUCACCUUGGCUCCUGCUUCUCCAGGAAGCCCAUAUUUAGCUGGAGCUCCUGCCCUGUCUUUCAGCUGCUUUUGUGCAGGCUGAAGCUGAUGGGGGAACCUCGGAAGAGAGUACUCUGCUUUGUAAUCUCUAUGUGUCAGAAUCCCCCUCCAAGGCCAGGUUGUCUCUUAGCACUUCUGACAACUCAGAAGUGAAGACAUGCCCCAGGAUUUUGGAUACAGCUUACCCUCCUGUAAUCUUCAAGCUGAUACUGCUUAAAUGAGGAUUUGCUGUUUAAACUAAUUUGGUGCAGUUCCAUCUGCUGCUGCUCCACAGAGGUAAAUGGUGUCCCAUUUAGAAGCCAUGAAGAGUGAUCCCAAGCCUCUGAAGUGGGGCAAUGCUAUUAAAUUAAUUUGUUGGGUCUUCUCCAGAGCCUGCUCCCUUUGUUUCCUCUGCCCUCUUGCUCCUGUUUGUUGCUUUUUGGAGCAAAGGUGUUGAUCCCUGGCAUAUCUCAAUUCCUUCCCUGUUCCCUACAACCAUGGCUGAGGCAGAGACCUUCCCCUGGCACUUCUGGGUGGCAGGAGGGCUCCCUGCUUUGCCUGGCUUAGUGUAAGCUCUCUGUCUCACCUGGACUGAUUCCUUCACACUUGUUUGUGCCUUGUCCACCACCUCUUGUGCCCACACGUGGGUUGUUAAUUGUCUUCCUCCUUCUGCUAAGUGCAAAAAUAGCAGUGCUACAGUGGACUUGCCAGAACUUCAUAUGAGAUCCCCAGGAAACCAACAGCAGUGUGUGCCAAGAGGGCAUUUGCCAGUGCACACAUCUGUCUGGCUGAGCUUUGGCACAUGAAAGCUGCACUACCCCCUUUCUUGACUGAGAGCUCCUCAUCUGCUGCCCUGCUUACUCCAUGCCUGGUCUUGACCUGAAGGGGUUGGUUUAACCUGCUGCACUAGAACCUUCUGUGCUUAAAUUUCCAACUCUGGUCUAUUUUCAAGCCUAAUGCUUUAAAAUCAUUCUUUUUUUUUCUCCCUCCUUGGCCUGAGCCUAUACUACCUGUCCUGGGCUGGCUGAUCUGAGAGACAGAUGUUGUGCCUUCCUGCAGAUGAGGCCUAAGCACUCGAGCCCUGAAGAGAGCCCUAAUUUUCCUUUGGUGCUCCCUCUGUCCUUGUUCAGCUGCUUUCUGGGGGAAUAGCCUGCCCACACUUGGGUGAAAAGGUGCAAACUUUACCUGACAUUGGUGCUUGUUCUGCUGCCUCCUGCCUUCUCUGGUGAAACUGCUGUGUUCCAACAAAGGCAUUUGAUUGUGUCCUGAAAGAAACAUGGAAGAUCUCUGCCCCUCACAGCAGAUGAAGCUCCUUAGCUUCCUCUGGUGACCCAGGAUUACUCUCAGCAGAAACGCUGCUGUGCCAUGUUCGGAGCAUGGGAAUUCAGCCAUGGAAAUCGGAGUGAGGACUUGGAUAACUUCAAUCAAAUGCCAGAUGUGUUAGUGGGAAGGGAUUUUUCCCCGGGAAUAGUGCUUUAGUAAGGGCCCUCUCUGACUCACUGCUGUCAGCCUGGAGCAGAGGGCAUUUUGCAACAGUACGUGGAAAUGAGUUUGGGAUAAACAAACCAAACCUCCAGGUCAGAGGGGAGGAAGAGAGCUUGCACGCUGACCUGGGUCCCCUUGCUUGGUGUCCACCUGUGUCACUCACCUACUUCACAAGGCUGUUGUGAGGCUUAACUGGCAAAAGCCCUCAGGCCAGGCAGAAAGGCACUGGCAGCAUCUGUAGCAUUAACACUAUUAAAAGCAAGCAGCGAGAGAUGUUGCGUGUGGUGGCAUGGGGUCCCUCUGGCUCCCCCACAAACACUCCCCAUCCUCCCAGACUGCUGUGGGACAUUUGCCAGUCACUCACUGGCCAGUUUUGACCCCCAGUUUAAGGGAAGAGGCUUUGGAUCCAAGCAGCCAGCCUCUGAAAGAUGGCCAAACUCAGGGUUUGAGACGCCAGUCAGCAGUAUCCUGCUCCUUCACUUGCAGAAACAUUGUGGAAGUCUGGGGUUGCAUUAAAGCAGUGCCUAUUU